CAACGGUUGAUACUUGACAGUAAACUCAAUCAGCUGUGAUCCGAUGUUCGAAGCUAGCUGAGUGUUUGAUAUUGAUCUUGAGAUGGAUAGCUUAUUAAAGUUCCUCUUAUUCCUGUGGUCAGUCCAUUGCUCGUUCGCUGCAUCAAAGUCCAGGCCUAUUACUACCACCCUGGAGACAAAAUGGACGAGGCAUUCCGUCACCAUGGAAGCCAGUGAAUUCAUCGCAGAAAAGAGUGAUGCAGCCUUCUGGAAUUUUCUGGAGCACGUAGCUGCUUACAAGGAGGAUUUCAGUCAUGAUGAAGCCUUGUAUCAUUUUACUCUCAAAAUGGCUUCUCGUCAGUUGUCUGUCAUGGAGCAAGAUCUGUUGAAGUGGGCUCUCUCGAUUCACGCCUACGCUCCUAAAAUUGAGAUGUACCACCAGAUUGCUCGGAGUCACCAUGUACCAGAAAAUUGUGCUACUUUUGUUGACGUGCAUGGGGAACUGUCCUGCUCACUUGACAAUCUGGAUCAACUUAUAGCAGAUGUGGGCGAUAGACCUAAACCCAACAUCUUCAGCGUGGACCAUCAGUACAAGCGGUCAGUCAAUGGAUCGGUGGUAGCAGUCUUGUAUGGUGAUAUCAGUGCUUACCGGUCAAAUGUGGGGGACUUUCACAAAGUACUGGCCAAGAAGGCCAGCUCAGGGGACAUCCAGUACGUCUUUAGACAUUACCAAAUGGAGUCUUCUGGGGCCCAAAUUCGUCUAUCAGGUUACGGUGUGGAGCUGGCCAUCAAGAGCACAGAGUACAAAGCUGUGAAUGAGGAGGAGAACAAGGACGGAUCAGCCAAGACAGACGCAGAGAUGGAUCAAGGCCCAGAUGAAAUUGAAGGAUUUGUAUUUAGUAAACUCAUGGAGCUUCAUCCUGAUUUGACAGAAGGAUUGACUCAGUUCAAACAAAAACUGGUCGACAACACCAACAUAAUGGAGCCCCUCAAAGUUUGGCAACUCCAAGACAUUGCCUACCAAGCAGCACAGCGGGUGCUUUCGACCCCUCCUGAGGAUGCCCUUCAGGUGCUGACGGACAUUAGUCAGAACUUCCCGCUUCUAGCUCGCUCCUUGAUCAGAACACAGGUCAAGAGUGAGGUCCAGAAGGAGAUCAAGGAGAAUCAGAAGUUAUUUGCCAUGAACCAUAACGCUGAUAAAGGAGAUGCUAUCAUCAUGGUGAACGGAUUGGUCAUCGAUACAGAGGUUGCAGAUCCGUUUAUGCUCCUUGAUUUGUUGAAAGCUGAGGGCAAACUACUAGAAGGCCUUCAUCAGCUUGGUGUUCAGGGGAGUAGCUUGACAGAUGUGAUGAAAACUAAGAUUGAGUCUUUGCAAGAUAGUUAUGCUGUAGACAUCCGGGACAAUGCUGUUAUUUACAUCAAUGAUCUAGAGAGUGAUAAGAAGUACAAGGCUUGGCCGUCUCAUAUCCAGGAAUUCCUUCGACCUACGUUCCCUGGAAUGCUCAGACACAUCGCCAAGAAUGUCUUCCACGUUACACUCAUCCUGGAUCCUACGAGUCCUGACUCCAUGCUCCUCCUAGACCAGGCCGAGAUGCUCUACCUCAGUGACGUCCCUCUAAGGUUUGGUUUCGUCUUCGUCGUCAAUGACGAUGACAAUGUGGAUGGGAUGGAUGAUGCGGGCGUUGCCAUGGUGAGGGCGUUCAACUUUGCCUUGAUGGAAGAGGAUGCUGGGAAAGCUAUGGACCUCAUCACAAAGAUCCACAGAGAGGCAGAUGAUGGAGUCACGCCCGGUGAUGUGGUGACUGUGCUAAAUCAGAUGUUCCCUGGUGAAGAUAUGGAGGAUAUAAUUGGACCUGAAUCUGACUACGAUGAUCACAGACAGGAUGGCGCAGCCUUCUUGAGGAAGACUGCUCUCCGGCAGACCCCCCAAGUCCUCAUGAAUGGUGUGCCACUCUCUAAAGAUGAGCUUGAUCCAGAUGUAUUUGAAGAGGCAGUAGUUACAAACAUCCUAAUGAACACAGCUGACUUUCAAAGAGCAGUUUACAGGAACAAAGUCGGAGAGCACACCGACUUGCUAGAGUAUGCGAUGACCCGGCCCAACGUCAUGCCUCGUCUGAAUCUCAAAAUUCUCAAAUCGGACAACCCCAUAAUUGACCUCACAGGGUCACCAGGUUCAGCUACUGUUGAUACACCCUUAGCUUCCCAUGGACUCACAUCAAGUCACCUGACAGGACUUGUAGCAGACUCCAUCAAAUAUUUGACAAAAAAAGAUGAUGAUGCAGUCAGACCCGUAUCCAUGUGGAUUGUAUGCGACCUGGAGACGGAGGAAGGGAGGCAGGUUGCUAGGGAUACUGUUCAAUAUGUGAAAGCUUCAAACAAUGUCCGUCUGGGGUUGGUCCACUAUGCCCCGCCCUCCUCUCAGGACGGUGCUGAUGCCUUCUGGCUUGUUAAGGCUGUCCAGGCUGCCAUGGAAACACAAACGAGGAACUACGCCAAGAAUUUCAUCUUUAAGCUUCUGAAGGAGGAGAAUUUCAAGAGUGUUCAAGAUGGGCAGAAAACACCACAGGACUUUGAAGUCAAUGGUAUGGAUAUGAAAGCUUUUACGGAAGCAUUCAACACACCUCGCGUUGCUCUUCGUGAGAACCAUAGAGCUUUCUCAUCUGAUGUACUGGGACUCGCCCCUGGAAACAGGGCUAUCGUCGCUAAUGGAAGGGUAUUUGGACCAUUUUUGCCAGAUGAGCCCAUCGAAGUGGCAGAUUUUGAGCUUAUAGAGAAACUGAUCACAAGCAAUUCUGCAACCAAUGUGAAAAAUAAGCUGAAGAACAUUAAUGUUUCUGCAAAGGAUAGUUCUAAGAGGAGAGACUUUGCCAGUGAUAUGGUCAUGAAGACGGACGCUCUACUAGCCUCUAGCUCUCAGUCUGAUUCAAGGAAAGAAACUCAAUACUGGAAUAAAAAACAUAGCAUGAUGAACAUUCCACCUCGAAAGCCAGACCAGGCAAGCUAUGACAUCGUCGCCGUCUUGGAUCCGUUGACAAGAGACAGUCAGAAAUGGAGUCAGCUCCUUCAAGUACUACAUCAAGGCCUCAAUGUCAAUAUCAAUAUCUACAUGAAUCCAAGGGCACAGCUAUCAGAAUUGCCUCUCAAGAGCUUUUACAGAUAUGUGCUGGAACCAGAACUGGCCUUCAGAGUGGAUAGCAGUUUGACUGCAGGACCAUCGGCCAAAUUCCUAGAAAUGCCCCUGGACACUCUCUUGACCAUGAACAUGUUAACACCAGAGAGCUGGCUGGUGGAGUCGGUCAGAACCCGCAGUGAUCUCGAUAACAUCAAGCUCAGUGAGGUUUCUGGUGAGAUUGUGGCUGAAUACGAGUUAGAGAACUUGCUCCUAGAAGGGCAUUGCUUUGAGCAGAACUCCGGCCAGCCUCCCAGGGGGCUUCAGUUCAACCUAGGUACUGCAACCCAACCGGUCAUGGUCGACACCAUCGUCAUGGCAAACCUGGGUUAUCUACAACUUAAGGCUAACCCAGGAGCCUGGCUACUACGCCUUAGACAUGGACCUUCUGCAGACAUCUACGAGAUAGCAAGUCAUGAAGGAACAGACUCCUCUGAAGGUAGUGAGGAUGUUCAGGUUGUUAUGAGCAGCUUCAAGGCAAAAAUAGUCAGAAUGAAGGUGAGGAAGCAGCCUGGCAUGCAGAACGUUGACCUCCUCGCCGGUGAUGGAGGGAAGGAUGAUAACGGAGGAGGAGCAGGAGGAGGAACAGGUGGUGGUGGUGGAGGCAUCUGGAACUCUAUCUCAAACUCCAUCUCUGGUUUGACUGGAGGAGGAGGAGGAGGAGGAGGAGGAACGAAAGGGGGUGCAGAGACCGGCAAUGGAGAAAUGGAACAGCUCAACAUCUUUUCAUUGGCAUCUGGUCAUCUCUAUGAAAGAUUGCUCAGGAUCAUGAUGCUGAGUGUACUGAAACACACCAAGUCUCCUGUAAAGUUCUGGUUCCUUAAAAAUUACCUUUCACCUUCAUUCAAGGAGAUAAUACCUGAGAUGGCUAAGGAGUAUGACUUUGAGUACGAAUUGAUCCAGUACAAGUGGCCUCGAUGGCUCCACCAGCAGACAGAGAAACAGAGGAUGAUAUGGGGGUAUAAAAUUCUUUUCCUUGAUGUCUUGUUCCCGCUCAACAUCAAGAAAAUCAUUUUUGUUGACGCUGAUCAGAUUGUGAGAGCAGACAUGCAGGAACUGGCAGACUUUGACCUAAAGGGGGCGCCGUAUGGCUACGUGCCGUUUUGUGACAGCAGAAAAGAAAUGGACGGUUUCAGGUUUUGGAAAUCUGGAUACUGGGCCAGUCAUUUAGCUGGUAGAAAAUACCACAUUAGUGCCUUAUAUGUGGUAGAUUUAGUGAAGUUCCGUAGAAUAGCAGCUGGAGACCGUCUCAGAGGGCAGUACCAAGCACUUAGUCAAGACCCUAACAGUUUAUCUAAUUUAGAUCAGGAUCUACCUAAUAACAUGAUACAUCAAGUGGCUAUAAGAUCCUUACCUCAAGAGUGGCUCUACUGUGAAACAUGGUGCCAUGAAUCAGAGAAAUCCAGAGCGAAGACAAUAGACUUGUGCAAUAAUCCUCUUACAAAAGAACCCAAGCUUACAGCAGCAGUAAGGAUAGCCCCAGAAUGGGUUGAUUACGACAAUGAAAUCAAGAAUCUACUGGAGAGAUUAGCAAACGCAAGCCUAGAAGAAGAAGAAGAAGAAAGUAUAGAAGAAGAAGAAGAAGUUGAAGAAACAACAGAUGAGCAUAAACACACAGACUUAUGAUGAAAGCUUUACUUAGUCAAUAUAUCUUCAAAGGUGGAGGUGGUCCCUAGACUGAUCUGGGAAUGGAGCUGAGAGCAAGAUUGUCAUCGCAUGCUCUGGACACUCUGGCCCAAAUUCACAAAGGCGGUUUACAUUUAACCCAUGGUUUAAAUCUUCAUUUACAUAACCUAUGGUUUAAAAUUAGCGCAAAAUAAGCGCGACACAGUCAGAGGUCCAAUAUUAGACACGCGCAAGACAAGGUACGCUUAUUUUGCGCUAAUUUUUAAACCAUGGGUUAUGUAAAUGAGGGUUUAAAACAUGGAUUAAGUUAAACCUCCUCUGUGAAUUCGGGCCUAUAGGGCUCUUCAAAUUAGACAAUUAUGAGUUCAUGCUUGGAGGAAGCUUGACGAUUAGCUGUAUUUAUUACAUUUUGUAUGUGCAGUUGUUAGUUAAAGGCUGCCUGAUCCUUUUUAUAUCAGUGCAUUAUGGCUCCUGAGAGCUAGAACAGGUUUACAUUUAUCUAAGAUCAUUUUCCUGAUAAGAAAUGCCCUUUUGGCUCUUUGCAGAGGAUAUCGAGGGGUCAGUGACACAAAGACGUAACUCCAUGUUGGCCAUUUUGAGAAAAAGUGGUUUAUGUGUCA